AUGGCUAUCAUUGACCCCGAUAACGCCCCCGUAGGAGCCCUUCAUACGAUUGAAAGGCUCGAAGGAAUGCAGCUUCUAGCCCUAUACCGCCAACAAAUUAUAGCAAAUGCGGCAGCGCUAUCCGGCAGCGAAUGUAUCGUUUUCACCAGCCGUGGCACAGAUGCACAGGGCGCGUCGGUAUGCUUCGCGGGCGUCGCCACAGCCGCGAGCAAGAAGCACUCGCUAAAGCACUUCGUGCUGCGGGCGCGGAGUAGGGAAGACGGCACGCCGUUGGCUUCGAGACUCGAAGCCGCGGAGAGGCUACUGACAAUAACGGAGAAGGCGCUGGAGAAGGAUGGGGUGAGGUUGAGGUCGGUGUAA